UUUUUGUUGCGGGUCGUCGUAUCACGCUGUUCGCCAAAAAUAAGUAAUUUAUCCAUAUCUCAGACAAUUUACUUAAGAAAAAAUGUCUCCCAUUAAAAAUACAAGCAAGUGUGACGAGAAACAAGUGAAAGGAAAUUCGACAAACCUUGACGAAGACGAAGAUAAAGCGGAGGUGCAGGCAGAUAUCAACCGGCAGACGAAUGCCUCCGACAAACUCAGCCGCUCUGAAAUUCGCAAAAGGAGCAAGAUAUUCUUUCAUCGUCAGCAUCGUGUCAUUAUACGGAAUCUUUCGUAUCGAAUCACCGAGUCGAAGCUGCGAAAGGAAUUUGAGCGUUUUGGAACAUUGGAGGAAGUUAAUAUUCUAAAGCGCCCGGAUGGAAAAUUGGUAGGAUGCGCGUUUCUUCAAUAUUCGACAAAGGAAGAAUCAGAUCGAGCUAUCCAGGAGAUGGAUAGUGAAAUAUUCAUGGGACGGAAAAUAGAAGUGUGCUACGCAGUUGAUAAGUCGGAUUAUAAGAAGGUUAAAAACCGAAAGGAAGUCAAAACAGAGGAGAUAAAACAGGAUCCCGAAGAAGUUAUCGACGACGAUGCUGAGGUAAAAACUGAAUCUACCGACGAUGAAGAUGAUGAAGACGAUGAUGCAAAUGAGGAAGAGGAGGAGGAGGAGGACGACGACGAAGACGACGGAGACGACGACGAUGAUGAUGAUGAUGAGGAGGAGGAACAGAGCGAUGAUGAUAUGGAUGAGGAAGAGCAGAAGCCAGUUGUUGAUGAAAAACCGAAAAUUAAACGAAAGGACAAUCAUUCGGAAGUUGAAGAAGGACGUACCGUGUUCGUCAAAAACAUACCUUACGAGGUUGAAGCGGCCGAAUUGAAAGAAGUCAUGGAACAGUUCGGUACGGUCCAACAGGUGCUGAUAAACAAGGAUCGUAUUUCAGGACACUCGAAGGGGACGGCGUUUGUAAUUUUCAAACUGAAGGAUUCCGCCCAGAUGAGCUGCCGUCAAAAUUUGAAGCUUCAAAUCCAUGAUCAAUUUCUGGAAAUUCUUGAGGCUCUGCGGAAGAAAGAUAUAACUGACCGUACGAACGCAAAGGCGGAGAAGAGAUCAAAAGAUUCACGUAAUUUGUACCUGCUCAAAGAGGGCAUUAUAAUGGCUGGUUCACCCGCUGCUAAGGAUGUUUCCAAAACCGAUAUGGCACAGCGUUUGCGCUUGGAGCAACGAAACAACGAAAUGUUGAAAAGCUUCAAUCGUUUUGUAGCGAAAGACCGUCUUACGGUGCAUAAUAUUCCGCCCCAUUUUUCGAACGAUGAUUUGCGCAAGAUUGUUAUUCAACACACCUCCUAUAAGCCGAUAGAGUGCCGUGUAAUGCGUGAUUCUCGCCCAUCGUUUGGCAACCCGUUGGGCGCUUCCCGUGGAUAUGGGUUCCUUUCGUUUAAGCAACAUGAAACUGCUCUAGAAGUGUUGCGUAAACUGAAUAACAAUCCUAGCGUGUUCGGUAAAAACAAUCGACCGAUCGUCGCUUUCAGUAUAGAAGAUUUAAAAGUUCAUAAAAUUAAGCAACAGCGGUUGGAAAAAUCCCGUUUAAAGAACCCAACCUACCAAAAGAAAAUGGAAGAGAUUAAACAGAAGAAACAACAAAAGGUUGUUAGUAAGAAAGCAGCAAAUCGACUAGAGCUUCAAAAGCUUGCCGUUGCGCCCAGCGUUGUUUUACAAAAGUUGAAUUCGAAAGGAGCCAAUUUAGUUGACACGUCCGGUAUAAAGAAAAAAGAACGUAAACGGGAUAUCGAGAUAACGCCAUUUACCGGAGAAAUUGCAAAGAAAGGCCGAACGAGUAUCAGGUCGAAUCGCAAAAUUCAUCAUCAAGCCAAUUCCCACAUGGAACGCAUUAAGGCAGAGCGCAAGGAGCAAAGAAAGAAAAAAGUAAAACAGGAACACGCACAAAACCGAUUGCAAAAAAGUAAACCACCACAAAAGAAACCGAAGUUGGAUCAGGAACUUCAUAAAGAAGAUUCCUACUUCAAACAAACCGUUGGCAAAUAUAAGGAUAUGAUUAGUAAUAUAACAAAACAAUCAACUAGAGGCAAAUGGUAUACCGGGUAAAUCCUGUCCUGGUUCAUGUUAUGGUACAGAAUAAAUAGGAAAUAAAAUCACUUUUACAGAAUAAUGGAGUUUAUUAU